UGGGCGGGGCCGAUGGGUGAGCUGACGUUUUCCGGUCGCCGCUGUGUUUCGGAAAGGAGCGCGGGAACUGCACCGCUGGAGGUUCCUGGUUCAGAAACGAUGACAGACGUUCUGGAUCUCCAAGGACAGGAUUCUGAUGAGGGUAGCGAGGAGGUAGUCCUAACUCCUGCAGAGCUCAUUGAAAGGCUGGAGCAGGCAUGGAUGAAUGAAAAGUUUGCCCCUGAGCUACUGGAAAGCAAGUCUGAAAUUGUCGAGUGUGUCAUGGAACAGCUAGAGCACAUGGAAGAAAAUCUCAGAAGAGCCAAAAAGGGGGAUCUGAAGGUCAGCAUCCAUCGGAUGGAGAUGGAGAGGAUCCGCUAUGUCCUGAGCAGCUACUUGCGGUGUCGACUCAUGAAGAUAGAGAAAUUUUUCCCUCACAUCCUAGAAAAGGAGAAAACACGCCCAGAGGAGGAGCCUUCCAGUCUUUCUCCAGAGGAGUUUGUCUUUGCCAAAGAGUAUAUGGAUCACACAGAGACCCAUUUUAAAAACGUUGCCUUAAAGCACAUGCCUCCCAACCUGCAGAAAGUGGACCUCUUGAAGGCAGUUCCCAGACCAGACCUAGAUUCAUAUGUGUUUCUGAGAGUGAAAGAACGUCAGGAAAACAUCCUAGUAGAACCGGAAGCGGAUGAGCAGAGAGACUAUGUUAUUGACUUGGAGGAGGGCUCACAGCACUUGAUCCGAUAUAAAACCAUUGCACCUCUUGUUGCUUCUGGAGCAGUUCAGUUAAUAUAAAUCAAGCCUGAGGAUGUGGAAUCAGAGACUGUCAGAAACUCCAUCUCCUUUUGUGCCUAAGGAUAAUGAAGCCGUGCUCCAUAUAGUAG